AUGGAAGCAGCUUCUUGUACAAGUGACAACCAGUCAACGGGUCAACAUCAUUCUGACGCUUCAUCAAGUGACUCGCUCGCUGAUGAGGGUUUACAAGCCAACCCAGCAACAACUGGUGCUGGCCUUGAUGAGUACAGAACAUCAGCCACCGCUGAAUACGUCGCGAGCUCAACGAAUCAUGCCGCAAUGGAACAAUCGGAGCUUUAUCUUGAGUACUUUCAUUCAUCAAUCAUAAGGGAGGAUUUAGCUACUAUAAAGAAUCCUCGCCUUUCACUAGAUAAAAUGGCAAAUGCUAUCAGAGAAUUGAUAAGAGUGAAAGGCUACAGAUCAUCAGAUCAUGGGAAAGAGUUUAAGUUCAGGUGGACUGACAACUCGACGUACUACCUGGUCAAGUAUUGCAACGAAAUCGGUCCAUUUUACGGCUUCGAACGUCUGAAAUCACCUAGAGUUGAGAAGCUAGAACGAAGCAGCUUCAUAUCUCUUAAAUGGAGUUGAUUUUGUAUGAUCUUCUGUUGUCAUUACAAUUCGAAAACAAUAUCAUACCAACAGAGGGUCAAAUUAACAGAGUGCAGAUAUCUAACAGUACAUGGCACAUCCCAAAUUAUUUGCUGUCACUACAGGAGAUGAGAGAAAUCCUUUCUCGAUUACUGGAGUUGACAAAAUAGAUGACGUUUUGGAACAGCUCUGUAGGCUGAAAAAUGAUUCGGAACUGAGUAAAGCAGAAUACCAUAAACGUGUUACCGACCAACGACAUAAUAAGAGGUCUGUGGGCCAGAUGCUAUGCUCAAAUAGUAUUCCGAGUGUCAUUGAGAGCCUAGGAACAGAUCAGGCAAGUCGCUGAACUCAAGAGAUGUCGCGUCAUUUGCCCAUUAUUUCUCUGAACUCUCAGCACCAACGAAGAGAACUAGCAAGAUUCUGCGCUACGAACUAUUGAAGCAACACUUUCGGAAGAAAGGAAACGCGAAGCAAAAGCUCAACAGCAGAUUAUAGAAUUUCAACAACAACAAAUGGAAUACAGCGCUCAAAAGAAAAGCGUGAACAAUUCGAUCAUGAAGCCAAAAAGAUUAAGACUGUAA